ACAAUAGUUGCCUAAUGCAGUAGGGCGGGCGGAGGAUACGUGGUUGUCUAUUGCUUGCCGCCUGAGAUUUUCUUUAAGAAUCUGACCAUGUUUUGUCCGUUUCAUGAAAAAUAAAUAAAUAUCCUAACUUUUUUCAUCCAAACCAAAAAGGAAACAUUGUUUCUUCUGCAAAUUUCCCUCGAAAAUCACCAAUUCCUUUUCUUGCGAAGCCCUAGUUUGUUCAAUUCGGGGUUCGGAUCCAAAAUCAAUGGAAAUUUCUGUGUUUUCCGAUGCGAUAACGGCGCUAGCCUCCACCCACAGCUCGAAAUUCCUUCUGAAUCGCCACCAUGGUUUCACCUCAAACAAUGUCGUGUCUCUCUCCGAUGAUCAGCAAUCACUGCCGUCCUCCGCCUCCGGCUUCAUCCCGAUUUCAGCGGCGUUCUCCCCUACGGACGCCGUGGCUCCACCGCCGGUGAUAAUGAAUCGGAUCAGAACGGCGCCGCGGAGACUUACCCGCAAAACAAGGCGCGUUAGGCGGAAGUUGUUGUGCGGCGGCGGCGAGGGCGAGGAUGACGGCGGGGAGUUCGGAUUUUUCUUUGAUGGGGGAGACGACGAUGGAGCCUUUGGCGGUGGGAAUAGCUGGGGCGGCGGCGGAGGAGGCGGGUGGAAUUUCGGUGGAUUUGGCGGGGCAAAUUGGGAUGAACCCUCGUCCAAUUCAAUUUCCGACCCGGCUUUUGAUUUCGUCUACGAGGUCUUAAGCUGGAUAGUGUUCUCGAAUUGCUUACAUUUCGCGUUCAAGAAGGUGGUCAGAAUCGUGGCCGGUGGACUUGGUGAUCCUGCAAGGGAGAAGGUUCCGAUGAGACUCACCCCUGUCUGCUGAAUUGAACUUGAGCUCUGCUCGAAUCCUGGGGCUAUGGAAAACGGGUUAUUAUACUUAAAAACACACCAUACAAACAAGUU